UGUCUUCCAAGUACAUAAUUAAGACGAUGUCUUUGCCCAGGUGCCACCAUGAAACGCGGGAACGCCACCUUUCUUAACCAGUGGAGGGCUAAGAACAGGGCGGUUGGGGGCCUGUCCCACAACUCGCUUCGCCCGGGUGCUGCUGAUGGCGGCCAGCUCUUGGACGCCUCAUAUGAGCUUCACCGUCUUCCUUUCCGAUCGUGUUGCGAAUAACAAGAGGCCACUCGCAUUUUGCGCGGGAUUUGCUGUUCCAACGCGGCCUGUGGCCUUUGACAUUCACCGACCUUUUCCCUACUCCAUCCACCCAACUCCAACCCCUGACGCUGCUGGCAGCUGUGGACCCUUGCGGGCUUGCUGCGCCCCUCUCAUUCCUGCUAUUCCUGCUUCGACGCCGCACUCUCCUCCGAAACAUCCAGUGCGUCCUCGCACAGCAGCUCCCUGGAUUUCAACACUCUCGCCGCCUCAACUUCACGGACUCGUUCUACCCUCACCAAGCAACAUUCACAUCUCCGGAACUGCCGACCAAAUCCGCAUCGCGAGCACAGAGAUUUUCCUUCUGCUCUGCUUGCGGCCGGGCGUUCUCAAUCCUUGCCUUCGUCCAGGUCCAACCGCUCAGGACAGCGGCACUUCGCUCCUUUUGCAGUAUCCGUUUCCACCGGCUUCAAUACUCGUUUACAACGACCAUUGCCUCCUCCAGCUUCCCGAGCGCCCCGUUCCAUGAAUGGUAAUUGCCCUUCCUUCUUUUGACUCUGGUUCCCCUCCAACAGAAAGCAACUUCGAGUUCGGAGGGUCUGCCAAGGAGGGCUUUGGUGUCAACCCGACAAACGAGUCGACGACACGUCUCCAUUACCAUCACCGACAUCUCCCAUCGAACGAAGGCCGUCCGAUUAGCGUCUCGCCGAUAUACUGUUAAGGCCAGAACAUAGACCGGCCUCUGUGUUCAGGACGACCCUGGCGUUUACAGGGUGUCGGAGGCAAGCUCAAGAUAGGCCCCUAAGAGAUAUGCAGCACAUCGCACACGGCCAACAAUAUCGUAAAGGCAUAGGAACGAGCCAGUCU